AUGGUCUUUAUCUUGAUUUUUAAUUCGAUUAUUUUUGUCUUUGUUCGAUCAUCCACUCGACGUAUCCGUCAAGCAAAAAUCGCAACAACCAUAUCUGGAUCCGCUACUUUAUCCCAACAACAUACUCGAGAUAUGCACCUACUCAAACAUAUACUUUUCUUGUUUGUCGUAUUUAUUUUAGGAUGGGGACCUCUUUAUAUUAUUUUAAUUUUGCCAGAUUAUAUCUUGGCAGCAUUGCCAUCAUGGUUACCUCUUCCCCUACAAGUUCCGCCUGCAAUCAGUUGUAUGGUUCAGAUAGUCGAUUUAUUUAUUUACAACCGCGAAAUUCGGCAGUACUUAAAGCAACAAAUCUACCGUUGUUUGCAUUUAGCUUGA